AUCCUGUUUCACCCUCUGCUUAGGAAGGAUAGCCAGAUUAUUUGGACAAUGCUUACAGAAAAGUGCUUGGGAUUUGUUUAUUCUGGACUAUGUCUCUGGGCAUCCUUGUUCGUGUCCUUCUUUAAAGUCUCUCAACAGGGUGAAAGCCAGAGACGCUUGUACAGAGAACUGCUGAGAAACUACAAUCGCCUUGAGCGACCGGUAGUGAAUGACUCCCAACCCCUUGUAGUCGAACUCCAGCUUUCUUUGCUGCAGAUAAUUGACGUGGACGAGAAGAAUCAAGUGUUGAUCACAAAUGCUUGGCUGCAGAUGUACUGGGUUGAUGUUUAUUUGUCUUGGGAUCAGUAUGAAUACCCAGGGGUGCAGAACCUGCGAUUUCCAGCUGACCAGAUUUGGGUACCAGACAUUCUUCUGUAUAACAGUGCAGAUGAAAGAUUUGAUGCGACAUUUCACACAAAUGUGCUGGUGAAUUACUCUGGAUCCUGCCAAUAUAUUCCUCCAGGCAUUUUGAAAAGCACAUGUUACAUAGAUGUCCGCUGGUUCCCCUUUGAUGUACAGAAGUGUGAUUUGAAGUUUGGCUCCUGGACUCACAGUGGCUGGUUGAUUGAUCUGCAGAUGCUCGAGGCUGAUAUUUCCAACUACAUCUCAAAUGGAGAAUGGGAUUUAGUGGGUGUCCCAGGAAAGAGGAAUGAGAUGUACUAUGAAUGCUGUAAAGAACCAUACCCAGAUGUGACGUACACCAUCACCAUGCGCCGACGCACUCUCUACUACGGUUUGAACCUAUUGAUUCCCUGUGUUCUCAUAUCUGGCUUGGCACUGCUUGUUUUCCUUUUGCCAGCUGAUUCAGGGGAGAAGAUUUCUUUAGGUAUCACUGUCCUGCUUUCCCUGACCGUAUUCAUGCUGCUUGUGGCUGAGAUCAUGCCUGCGACUUCUGACUCUGUCCCACUAAUAG